AGGGAUAUCCCACGGGUCAGUCGGUUAGCGGGAAGUGUUGAUUUUUGCAACAGUGGCAAUCUGUUCAUUAUUCCUUCAUUAUAUCAUGUCUGCAUGCAUACCAUAGUUAACAUUUUGCAAGAAAAAUUAAGGUUCAUGCAACAUGGCUGAUGAAAUCGUCCAUGUUGAUUCUCCAGAACCAACCCGUAACCCGUCUCCGCCUCCAGAACUACGCAGUAACACAGAUUUGCUAGAGGCAGACGCCAUAAGUAACACAACCUUCAGUAAACACUGGUUAUUUUCCACACUCAUGAAACUUAUUGAGGAGGUAGAAAAAGAUCCGGAGCCAGGAGAUGAGGAUGCUGAAUUUGGACUGGAUGUUGAUGAGGAACUACAGAAUGAGCUGUGCAAGCUCUGGGAUAUCUCCAUGAAUAUGGAUGUUGCAAAAUUCUUGCAAGAAUUCAAAGCAUUAGACAUUUUCGUAAGUGUCAUUGGGAAGUCGAAGGCACCAAGAGUUACGGAAAUAUGUGUUGGUAUCCUUGGCAACAUGGCAUGCGAUGAAGAAAUCAGUCAGGUGAUGUCUGAAAAUUCACAACUCAUAAGUUUGAUUAUCAUGCUACUGGAAAAUAGAGACCCACCAACUUUAGUAGAAUCUACAAGGUUGUUGUACACAAGUUUAUCGAAGCCCUCCACGAGUGGACCCUGGAUAUCAGCUGUGUCAGAGUCUGAGGACAUCCUCAACAAUCUCAUCUUUAUCCUGAACAGCUCAACUAACUGUGAUCUGCUGAAGAAUGCCGGGGAGGUGAUAGAUAUCCUACUUGACCAACGGGAGGACAUGUGUGAUGCCUGGGCCACACCUGAGUUUGUCACUGCAUUGAUGGAGGCCAUCAAACAACUAGGGUGUCAUCACAGUGAAGCCCUGGAGAUUUACUUCCACAUAUUCCAGAUUUUUUCCACCACAGAGAAAGGGGUUGAAACAUUAGUGACAUGUAGUGCUGCCCUGGAAGUGCCGCUGAUGAAGCACCUUGACAUGCUUUGCGAGGAUGAGAUUGUGGAUCUAGAUGGAGGAGAUUCAUGUCUCGCCUCUGCACUGUCCGUACUCAACAUUCUCUUCCUGUCAGACGAUUCUGUCCACGAUAAACUCCUCACAAAUGAGAAGUUGAUAAGAAUAUUUGUAAAAAUCCUUGAAGUUCUAUCACCACUGGUACAGAUGUCAAGGUUGUCUUGUUCCCUUCGGGACUCAUCAGAAUGUUCUCAGUCACCCUCGUCUUCAUUUACUUCAUCACAGACCAAAACAAGUGGACUAAAUGCCUCACAAAAUCUACAUCAAAAUGGUGAUAAUAGCACAAGAUGUGGGGAUUCCUCUAGUGAAGCAGGGGGGUCCCAGGACACUCAUCAAAAACCUCAAUCUUCAUCUCAAACUGUUGACUCUGCAAAAAAGGACAGUGAGGCUUCGGCCAACAAGCUUUCAGUGCUCUACAACAUCGUUAAAGGGUUCCUCUAUGAUGUGUUUACUUCCCUGGCAGAACAAGAAGACCAAACAGUGAAGGAUAUCCUGGUGUAUCUUAACUCCUCCUGUAGCAGAGUAAGACUUAAACAUCUGAUAUAUAUCAUGAAAGAGAUGCCGAAUGAACCUUUUUGUGCUUUAGACUGGUUGGUCGACGCGGCCAAUAGCCAUAAACAAGAGAGACUGCCUCGCGUUAUUGACGAUGUCUUGUCGGGUAGAAACUUGGAUAGAUGUGACUCUACAGUACAAGAAUCAUUAGGUCAAUAAUGGUUCAAGGUCCAUUUAUAGAAAUACUGGACCAAUAAUAAAACCACAAGGUGAAUGGCUGAAAACCAUGGCUGAAAUGUAAUAUUCUGCUUACUUUAGUAUUCUUAAAAGCAUCAUGAUCAUGACUAAAUGAAAAAUACCUAAGUAGCAAUUUUAUAAUAUUUUGAUACAUGCUCCCUAUUUCAAUGGGUUGUAAGCUAUAUCUGUCGCAUUGAAAUUUCUAUGCAGGGAUACAGGUGAUCGUGUAAAGUAGGGCGGUCCUGUACUUUGAUUUUACAGUAAAGUACACAAUAGUCGUACAUAACUUUGAAGUUUAUGAAAUCGGUGCAUGCAUAGCAUUGAAAUUGAUCAAAAUCAUACUAAUCUAUUUCUAUUUGAUCAACAUGUGCCUGUUUAAUAAUCUGAGCCAGAUUCACUAUGAAGCAUCGGUAUGAGACGAAACCUAAAAUGGGGGAAAUAAAUGUUAAUGUAAAGAAAAUAGUUUUAACAAGAAUAUUUUCCUUGUUUGCUUAUAUAUAUAUCCAUGUGGGCGAUUCAGGACCGCUGGGCCUAUUAAAAAUAUUGUUAUUAAACGAGUUAGAGGAUUACUUUUAAAUUUGUCAAUAUUUGGUUUGUUGCAACAGAUUGAUUCUGGAUAUAGUGAAAUUAGACAAAAAAUUAUAUGCUUGUGUAAUAUUAAGCUGGUGAAUUGUUUCAUGGACUAAUGAAAGAGGAAACAUUUGGAAGUUUACUUGAGUAAAACUUGAGUAGAAACUCAAAUCUUUGUUGAUAUUGUUAAUGUUGAUGAAUAUUGCAUAUAGAGAAAUAAAUAAAUCAGAA